AUGAAUGGUCCCCCCGGAUCGGUACUUGUAACCCACUCCAACCCCCCCAAACGUGGCGGUAACCAUGCCCUGGCCGUCGAUCCGGUGAGCCGUCGGGGCCUCAAAAAGGGUGAAAAUCAGCCCCUUUUGUGUGCGAUCCAUAAACAACUCCACGCCAACGCCCCCUUUCCGUAUGUUUCCAUUUCCGACGUCUUUCAAACCCUCCAAUCAGGCGGGAAAGGGGCGGUUGCUUCUCGCGUUUUUGCUCAGCACCCCACCCCCCUUCCUUUCCCCUGCGGUCUCGCCAAUCACGCCAAUUUUUGUUUCAUCAACGCCAUCCUGCAGGUGCUGCUUUUCAUGCCGCCUUUCGCGCAACUUUGCCUUUCCGCGAUUGGUGAAGAAAAGGGCUGCCCGACGCUUGCGAUGCUAGGGAAGUGGAUGGCGGAUUACUGGAAAAAAAACGGAGGGAGGGGCGCGUUGCCGCCUCCACGGCUGCCGUUCACGAGAAGCGGCCCCUCUGGUCGCACGCUUGACGGCGCCGCGCAGGAGGACGCGCAGGAAUUUCUCCAGCGCUUUUUGGAGGAGAUCCAGACGGAGUUAAUCGGGUUAGAAAGGCGCUUUGCAAAAGAAAAAGGGGAGGCCCCCACCCCCUCACCUGCAAACGCGAAAAAAGCGGAGGGAGAGGAGGGCAGCGGGCGGGGGUGGACGGUCGUGAAGGGCGGGGAGCAGCUCUUCAUUCGCCGGCAUGUCGAUAAGGAAGGGAAUUCGCGCCUGCUGGACGCGAUCUUCGGCGGAACGUUAGAGAGUCAUCUAAAAGGAAAGCACCGGCAGCAGAAUCACGCCUUGGUAACGGUGGAGCGCUUCUUUUCCCUCCCCGUGGAUGUCGGAUUCGCGAUGGAGUGCAGCAUCGAGGAGGCUCUGGAGCGGACGCUGCGAACGGAGCGCAUCUACGACAGUGUGCGGGGUAAGGAUCUGAAAAAAACCCUCCUCUUUGACGAGCUCCCGCAGAUUUUACUGCUUCAUUUGCGGCGGUGGGUCGUCACCGCGGAGGGCGAGCUCGUGAAGUUGGAGAACACGGUGCGUUUCAAGCGAACCCUCACGAUCCCGUCGUCGCUAUGUGGAGGCAGCCAACCAAAUCGCCACGCGCGAGCGUAUCGUCUGCUUUCCGUCGUCGCCCAUCGCGGGAUGGCGACGACGCGAGGGCAUUACGUUACCUUUUUAGUCUCCCACGCGGCGGAUCCUUUUCACGUCACGCCGAAUCCGGAGGUCCCUCGGAAUGGCGUCAAAAAAGGCAAAUCGCGCGAUACCCCCGAGGGCGCUCCAAGCGAGGCGAAGCUUCGGCAUCCACCUAAUGAUAAUCACGUUUUGCUUUGUAAUGAUAUGAAGAUUAGUCUUUCGACUUGGUCAGAGAUGGAGAGGGAAUGUGUGUACUUUCUCGUCUAUCAAAAAAAGGAGAGUUAA